UGUUGUACUUAACAUCCAGAUAUUAAGCGUAACAUAGAGUCUAACUCCAUGGCAUUUAGCGACACAAGCGUAAAAGCCAUGGAGUUGCACUGGAACCAGCAUGAACUCUCAGAGCUCACCAACAUGUUUGACAUCAUAGUUGCGAGCGAUUGUACUUUUUUCAAGGAGUUUCAUAAGGACCUUGCAAGUCUCAUCAAGGUGCUCCUCAAAGCCAACGAAACCUCUGAAGCGUUUUUCUUCAGUCCUAAGAGAGGUGACUCUUUAGAUAAGUUCCUGAAGGAGAUCGAAGACAUUGGUUUAAACUACGUCUUAACCGAAAAAUAUGAUGAACAAGUUUGGAAGCGCCAUGAGACGCUUGCGAAAGGAGACGAGUCUUGGCCUAGCUAUGACAAGAACCACUGUUACCCUUUACUUAUUCAAAUUACUAAUUAAUCAUAAAUAAUUAAAGACUGUUUCAUCUUUGCGGCGAAUAAACGCAGGUAUAGUCCAAUCUUUUCAAGCUUUUUGUUUAACAUUCUGUGUAGGUGUUUACUUUAAUGGAUAUAAUCCAAUAUUAAGUGGGUGGAUUUGAAAGUUGAAACCUUUUUUGACUCUA